UUAAGAGCGCAGAGCAGCGCAGCAGAGUGACUCUCUCUCUCUCAGCCGUUCCCUCCGUCCUCCACCGCCGGGAUUAAUGUUUCCUCUCCGUCUCAGCAGACCUGCUCUCUACAUGAAGCUUGGUUCUUCUCCGUGAUUUCUUCGCCAUGAGCUGCCUGGAUGUGAUGUACCAAGUGUUUGGUCCUCAGCCUUAUUUCAGCUCCUACAGCCCCUAUCACCACCAGAAACUGGCCUUUUAUUCCAAAAUGCAAGACCCCCAGGACAGCGGCCGCCGGCUCGCCCCCCCGGGCCACCCGGCGAUCAAAGAGGAGGACAAGGAGCUGCCGCCGGGAGCCGAGUACCUGAACUCCCGCUGCGUCCUCUUCACUUACUUCCAGGGAGACAUCAGCGCCGUGGUGGACGAGCACUUCAGCCGAGCCCUGAGCCACACGACUGCAUACCCCACCUCAAGCAGCCACAAGGCCCUAAGAGAUGGAUCAUUCCCUAUGAGCCAGAGAAGUUUCCCUCCGUCUUUCUGGAACAGCUCCUACCAGCCGUCGGUUUCCUCCACGCUGGGCAGCGCUCUGUCAGCUCCCCACACAGAGCUCCCCUUCCCUGGGGACCCAUACUCCUCCGCCUCCCUGCACAGCCACCUCCACCAAUCCAGCCCCGACACCUGGCACCCAUCCCAUCACCACCACCAUCACCACCACCACCCUUACUCACUAGGGGGCGCUAUAAGCACCCAGGGCUCAGCGUAUCCACGCCCGGGGGUUCAUGAGAUGUACGGUACGACGUUCGACCCUCGCUACGGUUCUCUGCUGGUGCCGUCAGUGCGGCCUCAUCAUCGUCUGGCAUCUGGCAGCUCGGUACCGGGGCCAAGCGCCUCGUCUUGUGACCUGGGAGGGAAGGGGGAGUCUGGGGCGGGUUCGGCCUGGAGCGGUGCUUUCACCGGAGCCGGAGCAGAGAUCGGACUCAACAUGGACACAGGUCUGCAGGCACAGGAUAAGAGCAAGGAUUUGUAUUGGUUUUAGAGACUGCUGAGACUCUUCCCCCUCCUCCCCUCCCUUCACUCCUACUUCAGCUGUAGCCUCUUUCCUCCACUCCUGCUCUACUCUGUUGCUCUGCUGCUGUUAUGGGAUGACUGACAGAGAAACUAAAAAUCGGUCAGAUGGCAUUUUUUGUGCUGUAACGGCUUCUGGUCUGCUUGCAGCUCGGUGUUACGGCGGACUGUGCAGCAGCACAGCCCUGCUGAGCUGAAUGCCGGCAGUGUGGAUACAAAGUGUGGAAACAAAAGUGGACUCGUGGAGGAGAGAAAGAGAGAGAGAGAUAAUCUGAUCUUGACGGAUGUGGACAAAGACACGACUCUUUGUGCUUCUGUAACAGGCAGGGACAACAUUCCUAAACUGGAAAAAGUCUGGGGACAGACGGACAGAGACACAUGUGUUGUCAAACUCCAAAGACAAGCGCUUGAAGGACUUGGCAGGACUUGCCUCACUGGGACAACUGGGCUACAGACACUGGGAGUGUUAUGGCUGGAGGAAAGGCCAUGUUGGUGUUCAGGAGGCCGCACAGCAAGAAUUUGGCAGACUGCAAAGGAAGGAGGAGCAAACACUUUGGUUUACAUGGACUAUUGGUUCAAUGUCAACUGAAAAAAAAAACACUGUCAGUAUUUUAUGGCACAUUAAAAAGUUAAAUUAAACAGUUUUGGACAUUUUCAACCGAUAUUAAAAAGAUAUUUAAGUAAUGUUUCAAGCUGUGUCCCAAUUCCAUAUUAUGUACAAACUAUAUGUCUGUAUGCAUAAUAAGUCCUAUUCAUUUAUGUGUGUACAGUUGAUGUACACAAUUGUCCCACAAUGCAAUGCAUAAAUGAAAUGGAGGAACUGCUGAUAGCUGCAAAAAACUGAAAUACAAAACAUGAAAAUAAGUUUGUCUUUGUGUAAUUGGCAGUGGCAAAGUCUAACUAACAUCCAUUGGGACAUGUGCUGCUUCCAUUCCUGUUAGUACAGUUGAAUAUACUGAUAUCUUGUACAUUAAGCGCACAGUAAUAUGUACUAUACUUGUUCUAUGACAAUUAAUAUAUACAGUAGAGCAUACGGAUACUGUUUGUAAGUAGUAUGUAAUUGGGACACACGUGUCUCAAUAAUAUGUUACAGUGACCAGGAUGUAAGUAUGAAUUUGGUGACUUGCAAGUCAAAUAACAUCUCAACGUUAAAAUCUUGGAUUAGUUGGUUGUUUACAUACAGUUAAUCUGUUCAAUCAAAAGAAUUAAUGGAUUUCAACAUGUAGGGUUCCUAACUAGGAGUUUCAGUGGUCAAUUGAUGGAAAAUCAAUUUGUUAUGUAUAAUGAUACACUAAAUAAUCAACUGAAAAAUAAUGGACUGAUGAGUAGAAGAGAUGUUCCGAUACCAUUUUUACCUUAACUUUGCGAUACCAAGUACCGAUCCGAUACAAGUGCUUUAAAAAUAGAUAUAUAUACACUGUAUAUUAUUAUUUGUUAACAAGCGUCUACUACUAAGGCUCAAUUAUUGCUAUCAUUGUCUGCGAUUGUCAGAGUAGGGCGGGGUUAUGAUUUCUAUCCUUGGAAACAAAAAAGCUCAUCUAUUUUGGUGCUAAUAAAUCAAGUGGUGUUGAA